AAAUAGUGUAAGACUAUCCAUAUAAUAGAGAUGAAGAUCCGAAUUUUACUACUCCUCUUUCUCUUAACGUUUUUUUUAGCCAACUAUGUAAAUGCAGGGAAAUUGGGGAAACUUGGAGGAGUCUCGCGAGGCAUUCAACUCGCUUCUCGGGGGGGCUCGUCAUCACUAGGUUCCGUUUUGUCAAAACUUUUUAGAUCUAGUUCAAAGUCUAGUUCUAAAUUGAACUAUAGAAGCUCGCCAGGCAGUCAUACAACGGGAUCAAGACAUUUCGGAAGUUCAUCAGGUGGACACACGACAGGGUCAGACUUAACUGGCUAUGGAAGUUUAUCAGGGAGACGUACGAUAGAAUCAACUCCUUUUGGACAUGCAAUCAAGCCCUUGGGAUCAAAUCCGACUGGAACUAUAUCGAGUCAAACUUCGCAUCAACAAAAUAAAGAUGCAUCUUCGUAUUUACAAACUAAAGGAGGAGAUACUCCACGACCCUACGAUGUAAGUGCAGGAAGAUCUGGAUCCUCGCGAGGCUCGUCAUCACGAAGUUCGUCAUCACGAAGUUCAUAUUCUUCUUCGUCUAGACUUGGAUCUAGUUCAAGCUCCAGUUCUAAACAUGAAAGUUCAUCAGGAUCAAGACAUUACGGAUUCGGAAGUUCAUCAGGUGGACACACGACAGGGUCAGGCUCGACUGGCCAUGGAAUUUCAUCUAGUGGACACGUAACAGGAUCAAGCUCUUUUGGACAUGGAAGUUCAUCGGGGGGACGCACAGGAUCAAAUCCAACCGGAACUACGUCGAGUCAAACUUCGCAUCAACAAAAUAAAGAUGCAUCUUCGACGUUUUUACAAGCUGAAGGAGGAGGCGCUACACGACCCUCUCAAACUAAUUCCGGGCAAUCUAGUCGACCAUCAGCACCACAUGGCAAUACAGGAACUUAUCCUGGAAGUCAUGGAACAUCAGGCUUUACAACAGAGAGUAAACAAAAUUCUGCUUCAUAUAAUCCAUCAGCACCAUAUAAUCCAUCAGCACCGUAUAAUCCAUAUAGUCCAUCAGCACCGUCGACUAAUCAUUUGUCGAAAUCCACUGUGGUACCAUUGCAAAAUCAUGCUCCAACUUCUUUUGGCCAACCAAGCGCGCCUUUUAACCCAUCACAAGGAACUGCACUUAGUAAUUCUCCAUGGAGCAAUCCUCAUUUCAAUCCGAGCCAAUCUCACCCAUCAGGUCCCACUUCUACUAACAUUGGCUUCAAAGAUCAUCUGCGUCCAACUUCGAUUCCUUCUGCACCUUACCCGCAUCCUCCUUAUCCUACUUCUGGUUUUAAUCCUCCUCCAUAUACCAGUCAUCCCUUCAGUCAUUCGAAUCAACCUCACGUACCUCAUGUACCUUCCACGCACAAUCCCAGUUACUCUUUUCCCAGUCAAUCGUUUGGACAUCCUUCCAGUUAUCCAGCGCAUAUUCCGCCACCUGUACCAGGUACAUUCGGAAAUCCUUAUUCUACACACCCCGUUGGCGGAACGUAUGGCGCAGCUGGACACACUUAUUAUCCUCAACAACAUGUUCUGGCGCAGCCGGCAGCGCAACCAUAUAUACCUGGACAAACGGUCAUAAUGGUUCCUGGUCAACAAGACAGCGGCAGAGGCUUUGGUCAGAUGGUGAAAGAAGCACUUGUGUUCUCUACAAUCAACGCCGGUGUGAAUAGGCUGAUAAAUCCGCAUCAAUAUUACAGUAGUCCAAGCAGUGGUAUCAGUCCAAGUAGUGGUACCAGUGAAACGCAUAUAACUUAUAAUAAUCAUUAUUUUAAUACAGUUCCUCCGGGUAGUACUUCUCCGGCUUCAUCAAACAUACUUCAAGGAAAUGUUCCUGUUGCGUCCCCUGUCAAUCCAUAUCCUGUAAACAAUCCAGUUAUUACUCCGGGUGUAUCAAUUCCUACAAUUGUUAGCAACGGUAGCACAACAUAUCCGAUUGGCAAUUCUUCCAUAAACACAGUGGGUACAGCUAACAAUGUGGAAACUCCUUCAGUUUCUACUAGCAAUAUAGGGAAUAAUCAAGGAAUGCCCAAUCAAGGAACAGCUAUUUAUUCUCCGCAAUAUAAAAUAUCAGAUGACGAUCUAUUAAUGUUGACCGAAGAGUUAUUCGUGAAACAAGAAGUUAACAUGUCCAAGUAUUUGACGUUACAUCUUCAGAGCAAAUCUGAAAACGUAACCGAUGCAGCUAAAGGACCAUUAAUUUACGUGCAAGAAGAAGCAUAUGAUUAUCCAACUAUCUUAGCUAUUCGAGCUCUGUACGACAAUUACGAACACAAUUCUACUGUGAAAGAAACUCGUACAGCGGAAAAGCGAAAGAGAGAGGAAUUUCUGUUAGACAUGUUUGUGAAUACGAAUGUGAUGGCUAGAACUAUGCGAUGGUUAUCAGAUCAAGGUUUCAUCGAUCCCUAUGACUUCCAAAAGGACACUUUGCGGCGUAUCUGGUUCAACACGUUUAAUGGUGCUACAUCAGGUUUUGAGCGAGUGUUCACAUCUGAAAGGUACGGUACGGAGCUUCUUGGGGUGCAGGACUGGCUCUAUUUUAAUUAUCAGGAAUCGAAGAAUCGUAUUGAUUACAUGGGAUACGUUGAUACUAUGAAGCUUGGCGACAGAGCUUCAUUGGUGAAAUUGAACUUCCAAAUGGAUGAUAUUAUUAGACCAAACGCAACGAUAUUCGUGGGCACGCUUCCCGAACUUGAAAUGGCUUUGUACACCAUAUGUUUUUAUUCCAGGCCGAAUAAUUUAUGUCCUGUUUCACUUGGCGGAAACAAGUUUAAUAUUUUCACGCAUUCAUUUAGAUAUUACGGACAAGAUCUUAUAGAUCUUGCACUUCCUGUUUUCUAAUUCUGUAUCAUAUGAAUAAAUUCUCGGACGUGAUAAUGUAAAUUAUUAAAAUACACAGUUUGAGCGUAUUUUAACAGACAAUAUCAAAUGUAAGAAUGUGUGAUUGGAAUAUAUAAAUUACUUUUUUUAAAUUUUUAUUCAUUUAAU